UAGUGGUAUCAGAGGACAUCAUCGUCUCCCUACUCCUAUGUUCCCAUCUUGCAGAAGUCAGAAUUGAGCAAAAUAAGAGCUCGAAUUGGUUCAUCCACAAAGGAACGCUCGGCUUAUCGUUUUGUUUGUUCAAUCAAUUGAUAUUUCGCAUUAUCUGCGGGAGGAAAUUGUAAUUUGGUUGGGUCUUUCUUCACGGUUUCUUAUCAUUGAAAUGGUGAAACGUGUGCAAGUUUAGAUCAAUCAGGGUUGUUCUGGGAGCUUAAUUGCUAUUGUUCAGGAAAGAAUUGGUAAAUCUGUAUAUUGGGUUCUGUGGAGUAAGUGAAUCUGUAUAUAGGGUUUCAAAUUCUGGAUGUCUUGAAUAACUUCUAGGUUUUGAAUUUUUUAUUGGGUUUGUAUAGCUAAUCUUUCAGCAUCACUCUUAGUUAGGUUUGCUGAAUUGGAUUUUGGCAACUCGAUUAACAAAUCCGGGACGUCACAAGAUGGGGAAACCACUAUUCCACGAGAUCCUGCAAAAGCCUGCAACAAGUUGUAUAAUAGGACUAUGCAGUGUAGUUUGGUUUUACAUACAGAAGAAAAAUAUUGCAUAUGCACAUGUUGGUUUGAGUUAUGAAACGGCUAUUGAAGGCCACCAUUGGAGGAUAAUCACUUCUGCUUUCUCCCACAUAAGUGUGAUUCAUCUGGUUUUCAAUAUGAGUGCACUUUGGAGUCUUGGAGUGGUGGAGCAGCUAGGUCACAUGGGUCUGGGCAUUAAAUUCUAUCUCCAUUAUACUCUUGUUUUGGUAGUCUUAUCAGGGAUUCUGGUUCUGGGAACUUACCAUGUUUUAAUCCAAAAAUAUAAGCUAGACUAUUUUCGAAGAGUGACAGCUGUUGGAUACUCAUGUGUUGUAUUUGGUUGGAUGACAAUCCUUUCUGUGAAGCAGCCAGCUUCUAAGCUAGAUUUGUUUGGGUUCCUUUCGCUUCCCAUCAGUUUUGCACCGUUUGAAUCCCUCAUCUUUACUUCAAUAAUUGUUCCACAGGCAAGUUUUCUUGGCCAUUUAUCAGGAAUUAUUGUUGGUUACUCCAUUGCUUGGGGUUUGAUCCAUGGAAUGAAUAAUUACUGGGCUAUUUCAAUGCUUGGAUGGAUCAUGCUUGUGUUUAUCUUCAGUUUGAAGCGAUCAGGUGCCUUUGACUUCACUUUUAUUGAGAUAGAACCUGUUACAGAUCCUUCAUUGCCUUCUGUUGGUUUUCUUGUAUCCGGAGAUGGUAGAACGCUACAGAUGAGUACACUUCCAUCUGGAGGUUCUGAACUUGUCUAGCCUCUGAUUUAGUUCAUGUCCUAUCCCUUUUAGAAGAGGACUUGGAAUCAUCCCAUAUUAAUACUGUAUGAGGGGUUAUUUUGUCAAGAUUGCCUGGUCUUGAAAUUAGAAGGAGGCUCAUGGUUCCUGUUGAGGGAACUGAAAUCUGUGGAAUACAAUAGAGCUCAUAUGUUGUGAUAUAAGUGAUCUAGUAAAGCUCCUUUUAGUUGGCACUACAAAGACAUUCAAGGUCCAUCUAUCCAUCUACAAGCACUUUGAGUAUUCCUGAAAUGGUACAACUCCUCUAUUGUAAUCCAGUUGCUUUUCUUCAUUUUUUUUUACUCAUUUGACAAGUAGAUGGGUGCCAUUACUGCCAUAUAUGGUAUUUAUGCUUAUAAAUCAUUUAACUUCUAUGGUGCUCCAUGUGAUAUUUGACGGUUGUACUCUUUUGGUUUGUUGGACAUGACUGUAAUCAUUUUA